AUGUGCUCAAGGGGGACCGAGGACCACCCAGACCAGUACGGACUGUCUACUAAGAACAAAAACAGAAACGGGGGAAACACCGGUGUAAAGUGUCAGGGUGCGCCGGGAGGGGGUGUGCUGAGCAAACUGGUCGCCGCGGUUGACAGAUGCCGCCAGAAAGCCACUAACAGGAUGACGCCAGCGCUGCAAGGGCCGCGGGAGAGCGGCGUCGGGCUGGACUCGGGAACGAAAACAGUGGCUGUCGGCUCCGUGCGUUUGGCGGAGCUGCUGAAGACGUCAACACACACCAAAGGUUCAGGGUUUGAACUCGGCAGGCGUCGAUCCAAGAGGUCGGUGUUUUUACACUCUGGAGUGAGAAUCUGCCCACAAGAGAACAUCAGUGAAGUGCUCGCUAGCCACCAGGCUUACUACCAGCUCAGAGUCUGUCAGGAGGCUGUGUGGGAGGCCUUCAGGAUCUUCUUCGACAGGAUCCCCGGGACGGCGGAGUACCAGAGAUGGGUUCACACGUGUCAACACGAGUCGCUCUGCAUCUCCGACAUCGCCAAAAACUUCAGCGGCUCCGAGGAGCACGUAGGCAUGAUUCACCGGAGGAUGAGACAAAUGAGGGACAGGAGGCCUCCAUCACGGGGAUCGGUGACUCCGGCACCGACACAGAGGGUCCCUGAGAUCGCAGGUGCAGAGGCUCAGACCGUCGCCACGUCAGCGGCGCCGGCGAUCGUCACCGGCACCACCGUCCUCCUCAGCCCUGCGAGCGCCUCUCCAAGUGCCGCCGUGGAUCCAACCCGGCCCGAGGAAGAGGCCGAAGAGGACUUGGAGCUUCCUAACCUGGUACCUGAGAGUCCGGUGGAGCAGAUAGUGGAGUUCAGUAUCGACCUGGUGGAUCAUGGUUAUAGAGAGCUGCUGGAUGACCCAGACUCCCCUCAGUACAUCGACCUGGCUCACCACCUGCAGGACCAGAUGCAGCAUGUGUUUGACAAACUUCCAGGAUUUAAGGCCAUCCAUGUGCUGAGAAUCAGGCCUGGAGGAAUCUCCGUGCACUACUCUCUCGUCUUUGAGAUUAAUUCACCUAAAACCAACUCUGAGAAUUUGGAGACGGAGACCGGCACACUGGAGUCCUCAGCUGAUUCCGGCCUUAGGGAAAUGGUGACCAAGGCUUUACGUGAAGAGGCCUCGCUGCCCAUUGAUCUGGACUCGCUUAACUUUGAACCAGAGGCAAUCCUUCUACCAGCACUGACCUCCACCUCCUCAGUAGAAAUAGUGAAUGAGUCCAGUGAGCCUGACUCACACAAUGAAUUUGAAGUUUUCACUGACGAUCCAGAGGUUGGUAAACCUCAGCUGGCUCUCCUCACCCCCAUGGAGAAGGAAAAUGCCCUCGUGACCCUGCUGGAUCCCACGGCUGUCCCAGAUGAAGAGACGACGGCAGUGAUUGGUGGGAUGGCAGAGAGCAUCGAUCAUCCCCCGCACUCAGAGGAUAUUACUGAUGAAUCAGAGGCAAUUUAUGAGAGUGAGCCCGAGCCAUCAAGCGACAAAGAGGAAGAAGAAGAAUUGCUGAUCAUUACACAUGAGAUUGAAACCAUUCAUCACAACGAAACUGGUGAACUUGUGAGAGACUACAUCCCGACCCCUCCUGUGAUUCUUGAGCUGGAGACAGAUGCUCCAUAUAUCAGUUUGUCUCCUAACCUGAUAUCCGAGGAAGACCUGAUGCGUGUUGAUAAAGACAGCGAGAAUCCUAGUAUGGAUGCCGUUCAGCUUAUCCCCACUACACAGCGUUCAUUAACCACAGCUUCUGCUGGAGAGGAACCUUCUGACUUGGGACUAGCAUUCACAACACUCGCAACCUUCACAGGCCAGCUGCCCUCCGAGCCAACAGAGAAUCUUCAAGAAGAUGAAGAAGUAAAUGCUCUUCCAGAUCUGGAGGAGGUUGAUUUGGGUUCCCAUGAAACUUAUGACUCUGGUGAGGUUUCAGAAACAGAGGCACAGAAUGUUUCUGAGUUGGAAACUGAAAUAGAACUGGUAGAACCAGAGGGAGAGUUAGUGCUAAUAGCUGAUGAAGAAGUGCUCACAGUUAUGCAGCCGACACCUGAACCAGCUGAAGUUUUAGAACCAGAAAAAGAGAAAUUAGAAGUGCCAGAAUCAGACAUAGAAGUAGCUGCGUCAGAGCCACAGGAAGAGUCUCUGGUAGAAAUUGUAGAAAAAGUGACAGUUUCAGAGCCAAAAGAAAUUGCAGUUGAGGUUCUGGGAAUGGAAAAGGAGCUUGAAAUAUCAGAACCAGUUCAGGCUUUAGAGUCAGACGAAUCCAAACCAGAGGCAGAACCAGAGAAAAGCGCAAUUGAAGUUGAAGUUCUGCAACCAAAAGAAGAAAUAGCUGAAGUUACAGAAGAAGGUAUAGUGGUUGUGUCACAAGUUUCAGAGCUUGAGAAAGAUGUGCCUGAGAUUUCUGAAAAACCUCCGGAAACAAAUGAGGAGUCAGAACUCGGUGCGGAUAUAGAUGACCAGGUGUCAGAACCUGAAGAAGAUGUGGUUGAAAUUUCUGAGGAAACAGUUCCCGACGUUUCCGAGGAAACAGUUUCAGAGGAAACAGUACCUGAAGUUUCAGAGGAGACGCUGCCUGAGGUUUCCGAAGAGACGCUGCCUGAGGUUUCCGAGGAGACGCUGCCUGAGGUUUCCCAGGAGAGGCCGCCUGAGGUUUCCGAGGAAACAGUUCCUGACGUUUCAGAAGAAACAGUUCCUGAUGUUUCCGAGCAAACAGUUCCUGACGUUUCCGAGGAAACAGUUUCAGACGAAACAGUACCUGAAGUUUCCGAGGAGAGGCCACCUGAGGUUUCCGAGGAGAUGCUGCCUAAAGUUUCCGAGGAAACAGUUCCUGAGGUUUCCGAGGAAACAGUUCCUGACGUUUCCGAGGAAACAGUUUCAGAGGAAACAGUACCUGAAGUUUCCAAGGAGACGCUGCCUGACGUUUCCGAGGAGACGCUACCUGACGUUUCCAAGGAAACAGUUCCUGACGUUUCCGAGGAAACAGUUCCUGACGUUUCCAAGGAAACAGUUCCUGACGUUUCUGAGGAAGCAGUUUCAGAUGAAACAGUACCUGAAGUUUCUGAGGUGACGCUGCCUGAAGUUUCAGAGUCAGAAGCAGAACUGUUUGAGGAAAAAGCAGUUGAUGUUGUGAAACCAGUGGUAGUAGAAGAAGAGGUUGGUGAGGUUACAGCACCAGAGGAAGAUCCUACAGAAUCAGAGAAGGAAGUGGUUGAGAUCUCAGAAGUGAAUGAAGAAGUUGCUGAAGCUCCAGCACCAGGUGAAGGGGUAGUUGACUCAUCGGAACCAGGGCCGGAACCAGAGUCAGCACCAGAAUCAGAAAGCCAUGGUACUGAAGUGACAGGUACAGGAGUUGGGGAAGUUGAGACUGCAGAACCAGAAGAGGAGAAAAAAGAGGUCUCAGAACCUAGUGAAAAAGUGGUAGAGGUAGUAGGGCUUGCUCCAGAACCAGAACAGGGGAAAGCUUCAGAUGAAAUAGCAGAUGUACCCAAAAUCCUACAACCAGAGGAUAAUGUAGUUGAGGAUGUAAAGUUGGAGGAAGAAGUGGUUGCGUCUCCAGUACCAGAUUAUGAGCCAGUGGACAUUUCAGAGCCACAGCUGCCUUCAGAAAUUAAAGAGAAAGAACAAGAGGAAGUAGUUCAGAAUCCAGAACCAGAAGAAGCAACAGAGCCAGAGGGAGGCACAGUUGAUGUUUUACCGCCAGCAGAAGAGCUACCUGGGGUUUCAGAGCUAGAAUCAAAAGACAAGGUACUAGUUGAAGUCCUGGAACCAGAAGGGGAGGGCAUUGAUGGCCCAGAACCAAAUCCAGAGGAGGGAAUGGUUGAGAUAUUAGAACCAGAACAUAAGGAAGAUGUCAAUGAGCCACCAGCAGAAUCAAUAAAAAUCCUUCACCCCUUUGAUGGUUUGGAAGAUCUUGACUUUGAGGAUACUGUUCAGGUUGUUGAAGCUAACGACUUCCUUCAACCUGUUGGACCUGACUAUCAUCGCCCGUUAGAGGAAGAUAAUUUACCCAACAUACCAAUUGACAUCCAUCCUUCUUUAAAAGACGCUGGAGAACUUGAUCAUGAAUAUGCCGUCAUCGAUGAUUUUUACACUGAGGAGAAUGCUGACAGUGUAGACCUUCAGGUGGAGAGUGGCACCAGUGCUGUUAAAACAACAGACGUAACCAAGAGUGAUUUACAGUUUGAAACAACCUCUGUUAUUGCAGGGGUGACUGCACCAGACAUGAGAGACACAACAGAGGGCACUGAAGUCACAGACUUGAGGGAGGAGACACAAGAAAGUGUUUCAUCCUCAGAGGGAGACAUCAGUGUGACGGCAGCAUCGGUUUCGGACUCCUUCCCUACACCUCCGGCAACUUCUGUCGAUGUGUCUGAAGUGCCGUCACCCAUCCCGACCGUAGACUCUGGACUCUUUGAGAUAGCAGAGCAACCUGUGAUCACCUCUGCUCCUGAGUCCUCAGAGGAUGAUAGCACAGAGCCGGAGGCAGGGGCAGAGUCAGAGCUAAGUGAGCCAGCCAUCGUCAUUAUUGAUGAAGACUUAGAGGAGGCGUUGCAGAAAGGAGGUGAAAGCCCAACCAGCCCACCGGCCGCUACUGAAGAUGACGUUGACGAGGCGGUAAAAGACUUGGCCGUGGAGCUGGACCAGACAGAUGUGGCAGCCACAGAAGCAAACGAGCUGCCGGAUGAGGGGAGUGGCUUCGUGUCAGUGGAACACACCACUGUCAGUGUCACAGCACCGCCUCCAGUGAGAUACCUGACCACACCCGCCAUGACCACGGCCAGUCACGGCCGAGAGCUGGUGGUGUUCUUCAGCCUGCGAGUCACCAACAUGGACUUCUCUCAGGACCUGUUCAACAAGACGUCGUCUGAGUACAGAUCCCUGGAGAGCACCUUCAUAGACGUGCUGCUGCCCUUCCUGCAGGCCAACCUGACAGGCUUCAAGAAGCUGGAGAUUCUCAACUUCAGGAAAGGCAGCGUGGUCGUCAACAGCAAGAUGAAGUUCACCAAGUCGGUGCCGUACAACAUCACCAAGGCCGUCCACUGCGUCCUGGAGGAGUUCUGCUCCGCCGCGUCCAAGAACCUGCACAUUCACAUUGACACCCACUCUCUGGACAUUGAACCAGCGGAUCAGGCCGAUCCCUGCAAAUUCCUGGCCUGCGAUGAGUUUUCCCGCUGUGUGGUGAACGGCCGGACGAAGGAGGCUCGGUGUCUGUGUGAGCCGGGCUUCCUGCCGGCGGACGGCCUGCCCUGUCAGAGCCUGUGUGUCCUCCAGCCGGACUACUGCCAAGGAGGGGAGUGCCACAUAGUUCCUGGACACGGGGCUGUGUGCAGAUACAAAGACGAAUACUCCUCCCCAGGCCUGGCCAGUUAAGAAAAUAUAUCGGAUCGGACGGCACCUGAGGAUAAUACAAAAGACUCGAUGAAACAGGACCCAGCAGCAGGAACCCGAGACUCGUCGCGGCCUCACGCGUUUGGUCAAAAGUCAAAGAUGACGUUGAGCCGAGGAGUCUUCAGGACAAAAAUGCACAUUUCCAAACUCUUCAGAGCUCCGAGCUUCGUAUCGGACAAUUUCCCUUCAGGGGAAACGGACACUUAGGCCACUUUGAAAACUGUCGGACAUUUCGUCGUCUGCAGCCGCGAGCAGCGUGACGACGGAGAGAAGCUCGGCGGACGACUCUGCAGCAUCGAUCGGGUGGAUAUUGAUCGACCCUUGGCUGUUUUUUUUGUACAUGUCUGCUGUACUCAGUUGCCGUAGUGAAUAGGUUUGUCAUUGUUGAAAAUACUCAGGAUCUGCUGUGAAAUGAUAAGGAAACAAUGUGAACGCUUUCUCUCGCGCAUUUAAAAAAAAGGGGACCUCGCAUCAGGGAUCUGUUUUUGUCGUUUAGGUCUGUUCUGACUUGGACGACUGUUGUUCUCCCAAAUCGUUUCAUAAUUUUCCAAAAACCUUUUCAAGCUAAACAAUACAAAUGCUCUUUACCCUGUCGUACACCUGAACCUCUUAUGAGUCGCAGUGGGGAUGAAUAGCAAGAUUAGACCACUAAGACCUUCCCCACCUUUUUGGCUUGUAGCCCCUUAAAAUUGAACCAUAGCUACUAGUGGCCCUUCAGCACAGGUUAAGGCUUUAGUGUGGGGAAUGAGUUGUGAGCACUUCAACCAAAAAGUGAUUUUCCUCCUCAGAUUGUUUGAUUUGAAGGGUUUUUAUAGACCCAAUGAG